CACCUCGGUGACUUCAGCCUGGGUGAUGAAAGAGUCCAACACCAAAAUAAACAUUAUGUUUUAUAAUUUAUAAUUUAUUCACAGGGCUAGGAAGUCUACCCAGCAUCGUAUAUAAGCAAAUCGCCCACAUGGGUGAUAUUGUUACAACUUUGACCUUUCUAUCGGGUUCAAUCCUUUUGUUGGUGUUAUUUUUCAGCUGUAUAAUCCUCUGUUUUAUCAAAGUUACACCUCUUAGACUUAUUUAUGUCCCCAAACAACAACAUAUCUGUUUUGUUCCUGCGAAGUUAAAAAGUUUGACCUUACACCGUGUACUGUACAGGUGGAUCUUUUGUGUAUCCGCCGCGGAGGAACCUGAUGGCCUGUCUGACCUCAGCACGGAGUGAGGCUCAGGGUGCGAGCAUGAAUAGGCCUUUAGAAAACACUGGUGUGAUGGGGAGGCUGCUGACUCAGUAGGUUCACAGUGCUCGGCCCCUGUCCUCAGCAGCCUGUGGGCCCAGUCUGGACUCCAAACUGUACCGAGAGCAUGUCGAUUUCCUAGCACACACCAAAAAAGCUGAGCUUCCAGGGGUUGAGAAACUUAAAAAACAGAUAAAAUCAAGGCAUUUCAGAUGCAGAGCGGAGUAGCGCUUAAUGACGAGCCCAGCAAAAAAAAUAAGGAUGGCCAGACGCGGGAGCGGGACUACUCUUCUGAAAGCCAUUACAGAAUUGUUUCACCAACAUUCCAGUAUAAGAUGAGCCACCAGCGAGUGGGGAAGUGCAUCAUCAUCAACAACAAAAACUUUGAUGAAAACACAGGGAUGAAUGUACGCAAUGGCACGGACCGAGACGCAGGUGAGCUGUCCAAGUGCUUCAGGAACCUGGGCUUUGAUGUCGUCAUCUAUAAUGACCAGACGUGUGAGAAGAUGGAGCGUCUUCUCCAAAAAGCCUCGGAGGAAGACCACAGCGACAGCUCGUGUUUCGCCUGCAUUCUGCUGAGCCAUGGUGAGGAGGGCAUGAUCUACGGUACAGACGGACCCAUGCCCAUCAAGAACAUGACUUUGUUGUUCAGGGGGGACAAGUGCAAAAGCUUGGUUGGGAAGCCAAAGCUCUUCUUCAUCCAAGCUUGUCGAGGUUCUGAAUUUGAUGAUGGUAUCCAGACAGAUUCAGGUCCACCAAACGACACCUUGGAGGCGGAUGCUAAUCCAAGUCAUAAAAUCCCUGUUGAGGCAGAUUUCCUGUUUGCAUACUCCACUGUGCCAGGAUAUUACUCAUGGAGGAAUCCUGGCCGUGGAUCCUGGUUUGUCCAGGCGCUCUGCAACGUCCUCAAUGAGUUUGGCAAGCAGCUGGAGAUAAUGCAGAUCCUAACACGGGUCAACUACAUGGUGGCCACCAGUUUCGAGUCCUGGUCUGAUGACCCACGUUUCAGUGAGAAGAAACAGAUUCCCUGUGUGGUCUCUAUGCUGACCAAAGAACUGUACUUCAACUGAUAUCCUGCCUGUACUGUAUGACACAGACUCACUGACUGACCAGACUAACUGACCGGCUGUUUUAGGCGAUGUGCAAGCAGUCAAAGCAUUCAGGGAUGAUACAGGCCCGGCAGGACCCGGCACAUUUAGAGCAUGUCACAUUUUCUACGUGUGUAGUUGGGCCUGAAUACAAACACUCCAUGAGAUUAAAGAAUAACAGUGACACGUUGAGUUCAUGUGUUGAUGGUAAAACCUCUUCUUCAGGUUCGCCCUUGAAAUAACAGUGUCACAUUUAAGCCGGUCGUUGUUGACAGGCAUUGUGGGAUAUAUAUGUAUAUUCUACCGACCCACAAAAUUAGCUGCCAGUUUUUGUGGGUUUGUGGAAUUAUAUCUGAAAAUGUGUUUCUCCAUUUUCCAGAACUUUCCAGAAAUGUUUGGAGACUUUAUCUGGUAGAGCUAGACAAACAAAAGUAAUUAGCCCCUCUACUAAUUAAAAAAACAACUAAUACUCUUGAGGAUCUGUUCAUAGUUAGCGGUAGCAUGCUAUCACAAAAGACAGUUCAUUUCUUUAGGAAUAGGAAUUUACCAAUACAGAGUCCCACUCAAAUAUUGCAAUAAAAUAAAUGCCAUGUAUAUGCUUGGAAACUCAGUUGCUUGAAAGUGCAGUAAAAAUCAUAUUCUGCAUAUUUUUAAGCAUUACAUGGUCUAUGUUAGUCUGAUUGCGUCCCUCUUAACUCACCCAUCAGUUAGAAGCAACGGUUUUGCUUGAAGAUGACUGAUAUUUUGUACAACUUUGUAAAACUUUUCUGUAGCUCAGUCUUAUAUUUCUUCAGAUAUGAGUCAACACAUACAGCUAGAAUCCUCAGUAAACUUGCGUCUUGCAUCCUGAUGUUUUUAUACAAAGGAUUUAGAAGAGCUCGCCCAGGGGUCUGCGAUUUACAGUUCCAGACUAACAUGUCUCUCUUAAUACCUUUAUUCAGAAAUAAUAUAGAAAUCAUCAAUGUUUUUAACUUCUAAUGUUUAUCCUAAAGGCUAGUUUUUGCCAUUAUUCUGUGUGUUUUUAAUGAAAUUUCAGCUUUGAAUUUGCACAACAGAAUUAAUCUAAUAGUACCAGGGUUUUUCUUUCCUUUUAUUUCAUUUAGUUGUAAACUUGGCCGUUACUUUAUCAAGUAGGCUAUAUUUUUAUUUUCAUUUUCCAAAGGAGAUGAUUCACCUCUUGACAAAACAACUUGUUUAUAAUAUAAUAGCUAAUAUAGAAAAUCAUAUUUUUAUUAUUUUUCCUCAAGGGAGAAAUAAAAUGUCUGCGCUAUUUUAUUUAGAUGGUUAACAACCCCUCUGCUUUGCCAAUGUUAGCAGGUGUGCUCUCUGUUUUGAUAUGACUUGUUAAUAAUUUGGCCUGCAUUAUAUUUUAGUCCUGUUCCAGUUAAUUAGGUCCAGUCAAAACAUACAUGAAAAGAUUUGUAAGCUUAGAACUUUUGCUUUAAACGUCUUAAGGUUUUAUAGACUCGUGUUUCAGCUGCUCUCUAUGCUCUCCUAUACUACAACUUUUUUUUAAGAGCAGCUCAUAUUAUACAGACUGAUAAAGUGUUGCAGCAGUCAGUGUCACUUAGAACGUUACUGCAUAUGGUGAAAGGCACUCUUUUAAUGAAGAGAUUUUUAAAAAUGGGCCUGCUCAUUGAAAUUGUGUUUGCAACAUGGUGAAGAGAGUAUUACCAACCCUGUAGCUGCUGUUAAAUAAGUCUAGAGAACCUACACUGCAGAUCAUGGCAGUAAAAGGUUGAAGUGCAGGAAGGGAUCUGGAAAAUGGUGCAAAUCAUUUUCAGAUAUGUAUGUGUUUAUAGUUUCAGCUGUCAGAUUUAGUAGUAGUCAAAGUCCUUUGACUACAGCAAUGUCACAAUGCCGUACCCAAAGUUCCUGUAACUUUAAGCAGGUAGCAGAAUGCUGGCAUCCUCAGGUUCUUCAUUGUUCCAUCAAAUGUCAUGUUUAACCCCUUGCCUGAACGUGGUGGCUAAGAAGGUGUGAUCUUUUGCUGUGUAGUGAUUUGUUCUAAGCAACUUUGGGCCAAGCAUGAAACACAAGCAGUUUGGCUGGAAUUUCUGCCAUCUUGUUCAAACCCAAGUAAGACGAAUUAAUUAAUGCAUCAAACUGUACACUUAACAUGGGUCCAAGAAAUCAGGUCCAAGAAAUCUGAUCUGGCAUUUUAAUUUCAUAUCAUUACAUGUGAAAUUUAACAUCAAUCAGGCAAUUCAAGAACGUCUAAACCGUGUCACAACUUUAGGAAAUAUCUAAGCCGAACUAGCACCUAGAGCACAUUUCAUUGUAUAUUAGUGUUGUUCACUGUCUUCACUUCCACUGUUUUGUAGUUUACAGAUAUCAAGCAUUCUCCUGCUAUUUUUUAAUUGAGCUUUGCUUUUAGCAUUAACAAAAUAAUACCAAAAAACAACAAUUUUGAAGCACUUAGUUCAUUUUGACAGCAUUUAAAAUAAGCAUCACUUUAAUUAAUAGAUUGGUAUUAGUUAUAUAAUGAAAUCUAAAAAUAUUUAUAUUUUGAUACAAAAACGUGACAUUUGCUGGUGAUUAUGGCAAAUUCCACUAAGUUACGUUCUGCUGAUAAACUGUUAUUGUUUCCCAGAGUCACAGAGGCAGCUAUUACUGGUAAGGACUAAUCUGAAUUCACACAAUCUACGUUUCCACAAUAUGCACUCUAGACUGUUUUUGCUUUGUUAUUACUAUUCACAUGGUAGUGGAGGGCUAUUGCGUAUUUUUAUCAUUCUGCUUUCCUCUUUUCAGCAAUGUUUUAAUUUUAAAACAUUAAUAUAAGUGCCACAUAUGUGUGAUCAGUGCAGGCAGUCACAGUUGUCCAAAGUCUCCACAGUUCUGGAAUCAUCUCAACAUGUGGAUCUCUGAGCAGUGAUUUGUUGCCAUGACUGAGCUGAAAGGAAUGCUAGCUCCACUUGUUUUUGAAUGAAAAUAAAGCAGGAACAAAUGCUUCAUAAUAAACUUGUUUAAAUGCUUUCCAGUUUUUAAAUGCUGUGUUGCUCAGGAAUAUAUUUGAAAAGAGUUGAAUUGGCAUUAAAGCCUGAUGUGGCCCAGCUUUUAAUUUCUGGGCAGUUCACUGUUUAAAUAACUUGAAAACAGAAGAAAUGCUUCUGUAAUCAUUUUACUGUAUUAAACAUGAAUUUAUUGUGUAA